AUGAGUUCCGAGCUUGAGAAUGGCAGUGUGGAAAACCUCAGGAUGCAGAUUAAGGAUGCGGGCGGCCAUAGGUCGGAAUCCGCAAGAAUAGGAGACCGGCUGUCGCGCAUGGUGAACGAGAUGAUGGCCGCCCAAGGGGAAAUCCUCGGCCUGGAAGCACAGCUGGCCGGGGCAGAAGCGGUUAAAACCGCUCUGACCGAAGAGAAGCUGAAAUCUGAAGAGCUGGAAAGGAUAGUGGCUGAGCUGAAGGAAACUAAUCAACAGUUGAGAGCGGCCGCUAUAGAGGCGGCCGCGAACAGGGAGGCGGAGAUGCAGAAUCUGGAGAAAGAACUGGCGGAGAAGGACGCACUGGUGGAGAGACUAAAGCUGGAACUCGGACAGACAAAGGAGCUCAACCUCUCCUCCGAGAAAAUCGCGAGCGAAACCAUCGCGGAUCUGAACCGCAAAACGGGGAAGAUGAAAGCAGAACUAGACGAAAUGAGAAGCCAGGCCGACAGGAUCCUGGAAUCCGAGGUCGAGAACGCGUUGCUGAAAGUGGAGCUCCACAAAUGGCGAUCAAAAGCCGCGGCAGCAGAAGCCGCAGAAGAACGAUGCAAGCGCGAGAUCUUCGCCCUCAAUCGCGCACUUCAGCUAACCGCCGCCGCGUCACAGCAAGCGAGCAGCAGCAUGAACAACGUCACGGUUUCCAGAAAGGAAUACGAGGCGUUAUCGAACAAGGCAGAUGAACAAGUCACGAUGAUGGAGGAGAAAUUAGGGAAAUUGGAGAGAGAAUUGAUGACAGCUACGCAUAAAAUCAGGGAGAUGAGAACAAGAGCGGAGCAAGCUAUAAGCAGGGCUGAAGCGGCGGAGAAAGCUAAAGCAGAGCUUGAGGUUAAGAUAAAGCGAAGAAAGGAAAAGGAGAAAGAGAAAAAGGAAUUCUUUAAAAAUUUGCGGGACCAAAUCAAUUCCUCCAGAGAAGCAGCAGCAACUCCAGAUAUUGCAGCGAACACUCCAGCUAUUCAAACCCUGAGUAAUGUUCUUGAAAUCCCAUUAUAG